UCCAAAGUCAACGCCUCUGUCUCCCUUUCUUCUUCUUCUUCUUCAUUUUCCACUCGCCUUCCCUUUCCUCCUCCGUCUUCUUCCUUCGUUCUGCCAUGAAAUAUACAUAGUUUUAGCUUUUUUUUAUUUUUUAUUUUUCAAGUUUUCAUUUUUUUCUUCUUCUUCUCGAUGGGUAACGGGAUUGGGAAGCUCGGCGUUUGCUUCACCGGAGUUGGGGAGAAUCGCCGGCGGCCGGAUAUUUCCGUUCUGCUAUCGAAUCCUCUCGAUGAAGGUCUCGGCCACUCGUUCUGCUAUGUCCGGCCGGACCCUUUGAGGGUUUCUUUGUCCAAAGUUCAUUCGGAGGAAACCACCACUUUCCGAUCAAUCUCCGGCGCUUCUGUAAGUGCCAACACAUCGACGCCCCUCUCCACGGCUCUUAUCGAUCUCUAUUCCUACAAUAGCAUUGAUCGAGCGGCGGCUUUUGAGAGCUCCACUUCGUUUGCUUCGAUCCCUUUGCAGCCGAUCCCUCGAAACAUGAUCAAUUCGGGGCCGAUUUCGGGGAAUUUCAGUGGAAUCCCAUGUUCCGGGCCUCUGGAGAGAGGGUUUUUAUCGGGUCCAAUUGAGCGAGGGUUUAUGUCGGGUCCACUGGAUCGGGGGAUUUUUUCGGGUCCUCUCGAUAAUUCUGCGUCCGGUGAGUUUCAGAGAAGUUUCUCUCAUGGAGGAGGGUUCGGUUCCAGAUCUAGAUCCAGAAAAAGCCGCUUAAUCCGGAUUCUUCGAAGCGCGAUUUCGAAGUCGAUUUAUCGAGGGCAGAAUUCCAUUGUUGCCCCGAUUAAAGCGGUUAAAGAACCCGAUUGGAUCGUCAUGCCCGAGAAGCAUAACGAAAAUUUGACUGUGAGCAGCUUGAAUUUCAGUAGUGAGGGAAGUCUAGAGGAUGACGAUUCGAUGGAGAGCCAGAAUCUGCAGUGGGCUCAGGGGAAAGCAGGGGAAGAUCGAGUUCAUGUUGUGGUUUCCGAAGAACAUGGGUGGGUUUUCGUAGGGAUUUAUGAUGGAUUCAACGGCCCAGAUGCUCCCGAUUAUCUCUUGUCGAAUUUAUACUCCUCCGUUCACAAGGAGCUCAAAGGUUUGUUAUGGGAUGAGAAGCUCGAUUCCGCCGGAGUCGCCCCUCCGGCCACUUCCCCUGUACGAUCUGAGAAUCCUUAUUCAGAAACAAGAGAUUCUUUAGGGAUUAAUGACAGUGAUUCGGAGAGAAAUUGGGGGAGUGAUGCUUGUUCUCAUUGUGUGGAACAAGAAAAUCAUCCUUGCGCUAGUGGAGAUGGAAAUUCUGGAUCGAAUUCUCGGAGAAGGAAAGGUAAGAACUCAAGAGGGAAAUUUCGAGGAGCCGCCGAGAAGUGGGAGGAUAAUCAGCGGCGGUGGAAGUGCGAAUGGGACCGGGAAAGAUUAGAACUCGAUCGGAGGUUAAAGGAGCAACUGAAUCGAUCCGGGUCCAACGGUUCGAGGUCGAUUAAUAAUUCGGAUGUCCUCAAAGCUCUGUCUCAGGCAUUGAAGAAAACAGAGGAGGCCUAUUUGGAUACUGCAGACAAGAUGCUUGUGGAAAAUCCUGAACUGGCUUUGAUGGGUUCGUGUGUGCUUGUGAUGCUUAUGAAGGGAGACGAUGUUUAUGUGAUGAAUGUUGGUGACAGCCGGGCUGUUUUAGCGCAAAAGGCCGAGCCCGAUUAUUGGCUCGGGAAGAUUCGGAACGACUUGGAAAAGAUCAAUGAAGAACCAGUUCAUGACAUUGAAGCGUUAGAUGGUGAUAGAGGAUUCACCCCCGCCAACCUUACUGCUUUUCAGCUUUCCGUGGAUCACAGCACCAGUGUUGAUGAGGAAGUUCAGAGAAUUAAAAAUGAACACCCCGAUGAUGCUGGUGCAGUGAUGAACGACCGUGUGAAAGGCUCGUUGAAGGUUACCCGUGCGUUCGGUGCUGGUUUUCUCAAACAGCCUAAAUGGAACAAUGCACUAUUGGAGAUGUUCCGAAUCGACUACGUCGGGAGAUCGCCAUACAUCAAUUGUAUACCAUCUCUCUACCACCACAGAUUAGGACCAAAGGACAGGUUUUUGAUACUAUCAUCUGAUGGACUCUACCAGUACUUCACAAACGAAGAAGCUGUUUCUGAAGUCGAACUUUUCAUCACAUUGCAACCCGAGGGAGACCCGGCUCAACAUCUGGUUGAACUACUUCUGUUUCGGGCUGCCAAGAGAGCUGGUAUGGAUUUCCACGAAUUACUCGAAAUACCGCAGGGCGACCGGAGGAAGUACCAUGACGAUGUAUCGAUCAUUGUAAUUUCAUUAGAAGGGAGGAUUUGGAGAUCAUGUGUAUAAAAAAUAGAGGAAACAAGCAGGUAGAUGAUAUAGAGAAGAAUCCAGGAAAAGGUCAGGCUUUUUUCUUUAUGUUAAAAUUUUCUCCUUUUCCCUUAUCACCAUUGUAAGAUGCAGAGAUUAAGGCUCUUGGAAUUUGCCCCUAGAACUUAAUUCUGCAGUUUACUAGGUGGCAAGGAGAUGUAAAGUGUAAAAGCUUGUUCUUUUUAAUUAAAAAAAAACUGUCAAAGAAGGAAAAUUUGUAAUUUCUGAAUAAUUGGUAUUCCUUUUUAACCAA